AUGCAGGUGGUGACGGAGCCUCCCAAUGGACUCAAGCUCAACAUGAGAGCCACGUACUCCAAAAUCUCUCACGAGACCUUGACCGAAUGCCCACACCCUGCCUUCCGUAGCCUGGUGUAUGUGCUGGCCUUCUUCCAUGCUGUGGUGCAAGAGAGACGCAAGUACGGCAAGAUUGGCUGGAACGUCUCCUACGAAUUCAACGAUUCUGAUUUCUUUGUGUGUUUGGAGAUCCUGAAUACCUACCUGACCAAGUCUCACAACCAGGGAGACAGCAACAUUCCCUGGGGAAGUCUUAAGUACCUCAUUGGGGAGGUGAUGUAUGGUGGACGAGCCAUAGAUAGCUUUGACCGCAGGAUCCUGGCUGUGUACAUGGACGAGUACCUUGGAGAUUUCCUAUUCUACACCUYCCGCCGCUUCCACUUCUUUGAAAACAAGGAUGUAGAUUACAAGAUCCCUUUAAACGGGCCUAAGAAAAUAUAUGUUGAUGAGAUUGAGACUUUGCCAUUGGCAAAUASACCAGAGGUGUUUGGUCUUCAUUCUAAUGCUGAGAUAGGAUACUACACACAAGCAGCUAAAGACAUGUGGACCCACCUAAUAGACCUGCAGCCUCAGACAGGUGAAUCUGGUGGAAACAUCAGUCGGGAUCAAUACAUCAGCCAGGUGGCCCAGGACAUUCAGAGUAAGCUUCCAAAAUUAUUCGACAUGGACAUGAUCCGUAAAAAGUUUGGCAUGGACAUUCCCCCAACGUCAGUGGUGCUGCUUCAAGAACUAGAACGCUUCAACAAACUGGUGGUCCGCAUGCAGCGCUCGCUGGCUGAGCUGCAGAGGGCUUUGUCKGGCGAGGUGGGUAUGAGCAGUGAGUUGGAUGAAGUCGCUCGGGCCCUUUUUAAUGGACACAUUCCUGCCAUUUGGAAGAAGUUGGCACCUGAUACACUCAAGUCACUUGGUAACUGGAUGAGUCACUUCAAGAAGCGUUAUGAACAGUACAGACACUGGGUGGAUGAGGGAGAGCCCAAGGUAAUGUGGCUAUCAGGACUUCAUAUCCCAGAGUCCUACCUGACUGCCCUGGUCCAAGAUGCAUGCAGGAAAAAUGGUUGGCCUCUAGAUCUUUCCACACUGUACACACAGGUKACUCAGUACCACAGCGAGGAAGAAGUCAGUGACAGACCKGGACAAGGCUGUUUUGUGUCCGGCAUGUAUCUGGAAGGAGCAGACUGGGACAUGGAGAAGGGCUGUCUGGUGAAGAGUAAACCAAAAGUUCUGGUUGCUGAACUGCCCAUUCUCAAAGUCAUACCCAUAGAGGCACAUCGACUCAGCUUAGAGAAUACGCUGCGAACACCAGUGUACACCACGUCCUUGAGGAGGAAUGCGAUGGGUGUGGGGUUGGUGUUUGAGGCAGACCUGUUCACCACCAUGCACAUUUCCCACUGGGUGCUCCAGGGUGUCUGUUUAUACCUCAAUGCAGACUAAAGGCAGACUAAAGCUUCCAAGAGUAAUUGUUUUGUUUUGGACAAAAAAAAAUCAGCUGCUUCUGCAGUCCAGUCAAAGGGAGUUCUGGGGAAGAUAGCAGCUGGGGCUGCUUCUGUGACACAGGAGGCUCUGGAGAAGAUAGCAGCUGGGGCUG